CUGCAGGAAUGUCCACCAGAGCUGCAGCCAGAGAACAACAUCAGAGUCUCAGGAGGAACUAGUACCAACAAGAACAAUAUCAGAGUCUCAGCCCCAGGAGGAACCUAGUACCAACAAGAAAAGCAAACAUGGGUGGAGGAGAAUCAACGCCAGCACCGACACCAACACCCCCACCAAAGAAGGUAAAGUAGAGAGAGACCGUAUGGUGGAUGAUCUGAGGAGCUUUAAACUGAGUGAUCCUGACGUGGGUCAGCUCAGAUGCCUGCUAUAUGGACCAGUCGGUGCAGGAAAGUCCAGCUUCAUCAACUCAGUCAACAAUGUCUUCCAAAAUCGGACAACAAGUGGUGCCCUGGUAGCUGCUGCCUCUGGCUUAAGCUUCACCAUGACAUAUGACACACACUACAUUCAAGGCCGUUCUGGUGAAAAACGUCUUCCCUUUGCAUUCAAUGAUGUCAUGGGUCUGGAAACACAAAAAAACGGGCUGCACCCUGAUGACAUCAUCAAUGCUCUGAAGGGCCAUCUACCAGAGGGCUAUGAGUUCAAUCCUUUCCACCCAUUAUCGGACCAAAAAAAGGAAUUCAUUCAGAAUCCCAGCUUAAGUGACAAAACUCACUGCCUGGUGAGUAUUGUGUCAGCGGACAAAAUCUCUCGCAUGCCAGAGGAUGUCAUAGCCAAGAUGAAGAACAUCAGGGCAGAAGCCAGCAGACUGAAAAUUCCUCAAGUUGUUGUCAUGACCAUGCCAGACAAGGCUUGUGAGCUGGUGAACAAGGAUGUGAAGAGAAUCUUCUACAGCAAGGCGAUCAAAGAGAAGAUGCAGAUCUGCAGUAAUGAGCUAGGCCUUCCCAUGAACUGCAUCCUGCCGGUGAAGAACUACCACGAGGAGGGGAGGAUGGAUAACAACAUGGAUAUCCUGAUACUGAACGCCAUGACUCAGAUUAUGAACUUCGCCAACGACUACCUCUGGAACCUCCAACAACAUGCAAUUCAAAAAUAGAAUGAGUAUUAACAGUGAGCCCUGCAGUUUAAGAUUGGAAUAAAUUGGCCUAAAUAUGUUUUCUGGGGCUCUGUGAGAAAUGUAUUUUGAGUGAGUAUGCAUUUUAGUGUUUCAAGAAAAUCUUUAAAAUAAACUAAGCACUGAUGUGCAUAUAUGCUACUUUUUAACAUCAACACCCAACAGUGUACACUUUUGUUAUAUAAACUAGCAUCCUUCACUGAAUUCUUUAGAUGACAAACGGAUUUUUAACUAUACUUUGUUUUACUGAUAUUGCUGUAACAUUAAUUUCAUGUGACAUUAUUGUUGUAUCAUUUUUGUGUGUAGCUUUUCUGCUUAAGUUGACUUAAUUUCCAGGUAAAUUUUAAGUUAAAUAAAUAAUUUAAAAAAUA